UCUGCCUCUUAUUGACAACAACACCUACCUUGAUUCCUUUUUCAGAGGUAUAAUCUGGUUCAACAUUGUAAUGAAAAUGAAUGAACGAAAAACUAUAGGCUUAGAGGAAGGAUGGGAGAUCAUGCAGAAAGGCAUAACAAAGGUGAAGAAUAUUCUAGAAGGUCUUCCCGAGCCACAAUUCAGCUUAGAGGAAUACAUGAUGCUCUACACAACCUGCUACAACAUGUGCACACAGAUACCGCCAUCCGAUUGUUCAAUACAGUUAUAUCGCAAAUAUUGUCAGUCUUUUAAAGAGUACAUUACUUCAACGGUCUUACCUUCUUUAAUAGAGAAGCAUGAUGAGGUCCUGUUGAGAGAGCUUGUGAGAAGGUGGUCAAAUCAUAAAGUCAUGGUGCGGUGGCUUUCUGGAUUCUUCCAAUAUCUUGACCGCUUUUACACUGUCAGCAAAGACUACCCGAAGCUAAAAGAAGCCGGGAUUUCGUGUUUUCAUGAUUUGUUAUACCAUAAGCUGGAGCAGAAAAUGACAGAUGCUGUAAUAUCUUUAAUUGAUCAAGAACGUGAAGGCAAGCAGAUUGACCGAGCUUUACUGAAGAAUGUUCUAGAUAUAUUUGUUGAUAUAGGAGUGGGACAACUGUUGUAUGAGGGCAAUGAAAUGGAUUACUAUGAGAAUGAUUUUGAAGCAUCUAUGCUUAAUGACACAGCAGCAUAUUAUUCACGCAAGGCUUCCAAGUGGAUUCUAGAAUAUUCUUGUCCAGAUUAUAUGCUUAAAGCAGAGGAGUGCUUAAAAAGGGAAAAGGAUAGAGUUUCUCAUUAUCUUUAUUCCAGCAGUGAGCCAAAGCUUCUUGAGAAAGUUCAAACUGAGCUGUUGUCUGUUUAUGCAACUCAAUUGCUUGAGAAGGAACAAUCAGGUUGUCUUGCAUUGCUCAGGGAGGACAGGGUUGACGAUUUAUCAAGAAUGUACAGACUCUUUUCAAAGAUACAAAGUGGACUGGAUCUUUUUUCUCGUAUGUUUGAGCAGCAUGUCGCUGCUGAAGGCACAGCAUUAGUUAAACAGGCAGAAGAUGCAGCAAGUACCAAUAAGGGUUUUGUUAGAAAAGUGAUUGAGCUCCAUGACAAGUACCUGGCAUAUGUAAAUGAUUGUUUCAUGAACCAUACUCUUUUCCACAAGGCUCUUAAAGAGGCAUUCCAAAUAUUUUGCAACAAGGGCAUUGCUGGAAGUUCAAGUGCAGAGUUACUUGCUACAUUUUGUGAUGAUAUUCUUAAAAAAAGUGGAAGUGAGAAAUUGAGCGAUGAAGCCAUUGAGGACACACUUAAGAAGGUAGUAGUGUUGCUUGACUACAUCAGUGAUAAAGAUCUAUUUGCUGGAUUUUAUAGGAAAAAACUUGCUCGGCGGCUUUUGGUUGACAAGAGUGCUAAUAAUGAGCACGAGAGAAGUAUUUUGAGAAUGAUGAAACAACAAUGUGGUGGUCUCUAUACAUCAAAGAUGGAAGGGAUGUUUAAGGACCUGACAUUGGCAAAGGAAAACCAAUUUCAUUUUGAAGAGUAUUUGAACAAUAAUCCGAAUGUUAGCCGUGGAAUUGACUUGGCCGUGACAGUGCUAACUAGCCAUUUGUGGCCGAGCUACAAAUCUAGUGACCUUAAUCUCCCUGCAGAAAUGGUUAAAUGCAUUGAAGUUUUCAAAGACUAUUAUCAAACAAAAACAAAGGGGAGGAAGCUUACAUGGAUAUAUUCAUUGGGUAGUUGCCAUGUAAACGGGAUAUUUGAAGCGGAAACACAUGAGCUGAUUGUGUUAACCAACCAGGCAGCUGCUUUAUUACUAUUCAAUUCAGCAGAUCGAUUGAGUUAUCAAGAAAUCAAGACUCUGUUGAACUUGUCAGAUGAUGAUGUUGUUAGGCUACUCCAUUCUUUGUCAUUGCUAAAUACAAGAAAUAACAACUCAAAGCGUGUUGCUAUUUCUUGUAUCGACCCUUCUUUAUAUAACAAUAAUGAGGUGGGUCAAGGGAUUCCUCUACCUCAUGUGGAUGAGAAGGAAAAGGUGAUUAAGGAUGUUGGCAAAGAGAGGGGGGAAUCCAUUGAACUUGCAAUUGUGCGGAUAAUGAAGAGCAGAAAGGUGCUUAAACACCGAGAGUUGGUUCAGGUGUGUGAGGAACAGUUGGGAUCCUUGUUUAAGCCUGAUGUAAAAGCAAUCAAGAAGCGGAUUGAAGACCUGUUGAGUCGUCGUUAUCUUGAAAGAGAUAAAGAAGACCCAAACUUGUACCGGUACUUGGCAGAUUAAAGCCGAAGCAU